AUGCGUUCGUCUGACCCAACGGCCGUCUCAGUUGAUGACUCUUCUGCUUCCAACAGAGAGCCACGCUACUUUGUUGGUGGCAUUCACCGCCACAUCACACAGCAGGACCUUGAGCGGUACUUCUCUGGCUUUGGCGACUUGGCAUCGAUCACGUUGAAGCGCGACGCUGCGGGCAACUCGCGUGGCUACGGCUGGGUGCUGUAUCGGAGCGCACCGCCGGGUCUGAUACGACAAGAGGCACAUGUCCUUAAGGGGGCUGUGCUAACAGUCGAGCAGGCACGCAGUCGUGGCACCGCCGAUGCCCCCCGUUCCGACAGGCGCGCUACCAACAAUGGCAGCGGUGGCAACUUGCGCCGCCGCCGCCGCUCACGGUCCCGUUCUCGUUCCCGGUCAUCUUCGUCUUCACCCUCCUCCUCUUCGCUCGCCUCGCGGGGCAACUACCGUCGCCGCUUUUCUCCACCACCAUACGAUCGCUCCAAGGGUAAUGCUUCGCUGCCUUCGAUUGCGGUGGGGAGCUCUCGACUUCCACCACUUUCCGCGCAGUUAUAUCCUUCGCUGCCCCCCGCACAAGUGCAGACGCCCACACCAAACAACAACGCGUUGGUCUCCAACACUGGCCGCGAUCCGUCUACAUCCAUGAGCGAGACCUAUGUCUGCAUUCCACUGACCUUGUGCCCUCCCGAGUUUCUCAAUGACCCUCGUACGCUCUGCGCCAGAUUGGACCAAAGUCGUCUCAACAGCCUUAACAUUGUGCCCCAGCCACUCAUCUCCACGGCUGCGCAAGUGACAUUGCCGCCGCCGCCGCCUCCAGUACAGCAGCAUGGGCAGUUGAGCUCACUGGGUACCAGAAGCUCAGGCAACAACGUCGGUCCACCGCCACCCGGGCCACCACCGUCACUGCAUAGUGGUUUGCAGCGUGGCCCGCUGCAUUAG